UAAUAUUUAACAAAUAAAUUCUCAGAUAUCCCUCAAGUUAUUUGAAAUAUAAAUUGAGUUGUAUGUGCACAUUUUGAGACAAAGUAAAAAGAAGUUUUGGUGUAAUAUUGUUAAACUUAACCGUAGUAGAUUUUGAUCCAGCAAUUUUUUCAGUCAGAUAUGUUUUCUAAACCAGAUGACCAAAUUUUAAAAAAACCUCCAAGAUGUUUGGUUCAUUUAUGGGAAUUUUUACUUGAAAUGUUAAUGGAUGAUUCGUUUACAUCGAUAAUUGAAUGGACAGACGAAAAAAACGGCGAGUUCAAAAUAAAAAAUUGCGAAGUUAUUGCAAAGAAAUGGGGCAAACGAAAACAGAAGUAUAACAUGAACUACGACAAAUUGAGCAGAUCGUUGCGAUAUUAUUAUAAAAAAGAUAUCAUUCAAAAGGUCAGUGGACGUAGAUUUGUUUAUAAAUUUAUUCAAAAUUCUGAAAUGAGAAGAGCAGUUGAAACAAUCAAAACGAGUAUGAUGCGUCAAGGUCGAAGGAAUGUAUCUGUUGGUCCAUUCCCAAGUCACCAAAUAUCAACGGAAAAAACAACUACAUUCAAACAAAACAGAUCCGAUAUCAAUGAAAAUAGCUUCUACCAGUCUUCUCCGUCAUCCCAACAGUCAUCUGAAUCCUAUCAGUCAUCUUCACCUUCUCCGCCGCUCAAUGAACCAGAGGUGCUUUUCAAUACUGAUAAAAAGCUGAAUUUUUUUGAAACACCCAACAGUCUAUUUUUUAGCAAUAAUUACAUCAAAAAUAAUUAUAGUGAAGAGAAAAAUAGCCUUUUUAAUAUUAGUAUUGCUUCAGAUAUUGAACAUAAAUUGCAUGCAGCUUCAUAUGAAAAUGAAAAACAGCUAUUAGAUUACAGCAAUACUUCAACUAUAAAUGCAAGUUCGCACAAUAAAGGUUUUUGUCCAGUUAAUAAAUCUGACAACCAUAUGUUAAAUAAAAGAGAUGUUUUAUCAGAACAGUUUAGAUUUCAGGACCAGAUUAUGAAAGACUAUAACAAAUGGCGUCAAAAAAAUGCUUCAAAAAGUAUAACAUACAAUGAUACAAAUUCUUUGGAAGACAGUUUUUAUAACGAGAACAGAAAUAAUUGUUCUUGUUUAUUACCAAAACAUUCUGUUCAAACAAAUCAACAUUUUCAAUACAAUAUAGAAAAAAAUCCAUUUUUUGAAAAAUAUGAUAUGCAAAAACCUAUUGAAAAUGCAGAUGAAUUCCAAUUUAACACACGUUCAAAAAUUUAUGUACCUCAAUCAAUCAGCUCUUCAAUUGUUAAGCCUUCAGUAAUAAGAUUAAGCGAGGUUUUAGAAUCGCUAAAUGACGCUCAACUUGAAUUUGACCAAAACAAAAAAUAUAGUUCUACCGAAAUAAAUAAAACGAAUCAACACUUUUUUACUUACCCUGUGAUAAAUCGUUUGUUGCAAUCAAAAAAUGUAAACGCUCAAUCUAGUCCAUCGCCUUGCGUUACGCCUGGCAUUUCUGCACACCAACUUCCUCCUGGAUAUGUUCUUCGCAAAUAUGUUCCUCUGAUUGACGCCUCAACUCAAACAACACAUGUAUUUGAAGAGUACGCAACCUCUUUUAUUACAUCUAGAAAAUAAUU